AACAAAGGUCUUGGAUUGUGUCCUAAGACUCCGUUGGAGAAAUCUUUCCUCAAGGCAUUUGGGUGAUACUAAACUGCAGUUUGAUACUGUUUAAAAUCACCCUAGAAGAACAUCUAACUGGGGGGAAAUGGCCAACUCCAGCGUGGACGUCGGGACGCGUGUGAUGAUCAGCAACCUAGCAGACGUCACUGUGAUUCUUGGCUACUUUGUAGUUGUCAUUGGAGUGGGAAUUUGGUCGAUGUUUAGGACUAAUCGUGGCACAGUGGGAGGAUACUUCCUCGCAGGACAGACCAUGUCCUGGUGGCCAGUGGGAGCCUCCCUGUUUGCAAGUAAUAUUGGCAGUGGCCAUUUUGUUGGCCUGGCAGGCACUGGGGCAGCCAGUGGGAUCGCUGUGGGAGGCUUUGAAUGGAACGCUUUAUUCGUUGUUCUGCUGUUGGGAUGGCUCUUUGUGCCUGUCUAUUUAACUGCUGGAGUGAUCACUAUGCCACAAUACCUGAAGAAAAGGUUUGGAGGGACCAGGAUCAGUCUGUACCUCUCUGUCAUCUCCCUAUUUCUCUACAUCUUCACCAAGAUCUCUGUGGACAUGUUCUCCGGAGCAGUGUUCAUACAGCAGGCGCUCGGAUGGAAUAUCUACAUCGCAGUGAUUGCACUUCUCUCCAUAACUGCACUCUACACUGUAACAGGUGGACUGGCUGCUCUGAUGUAUACGGACACAGUCCAGACCUUCGUCAUCAUCGCUGGAGCCUUCGUCCUUAUGGGCUUCUCCUUCUAUGAAGUUGGAGGUUACAGUGCCUUACUUGAGAAAUAUAGUUUGGCUUUACCAUCUCCACACAUGAGACUGUCCCCAGACCCCCAGCGCUUCAACAUCUCUCCAGUCUGUUAUACCCCACGCGAGGACGCGUUUCACCUGCUGAGAGACCCUGUGAGUGGUGACCUGCCUUGGCCUGGCGUCCUGUUUGGCAUUGCCGUCGUGGGUGGGUGGUACUGGUGCACUGACCAGGUGAUAGUACAGCGGUGUUUAGCCGCACGCAGUCUCACCCACGUGAAGGCUGGCUGCAUCCUGUGCGGGUACCUGAAGCUUCUCCCCAUGUUCCUCAUGGUGUUCCCUGGCAUGAUCAGCAGGGUCCUCUUCCCUGAUGAGGUGGGGUGUGUGGUUCCGGAGAGAUGUAAGGAGGUGUGUGGGGCAGAGGUUGGCUGCUCCAACAUCGCUUACCCCAAGCUGGUGGUCUCCGUCAUGCCCGAUGGUCUGAGGGGGUUGAUGUUAGCUGUCAUGUUAGCAGCCCUAAUGAGCUCUUUGGCCUCCAUCUUCAACAGCAGUAGCACCCUGUUCACCAUGGACAUCUGGACCCGCAUACGGCCCCAGGCCCGGGACAGAGAGCUUAUGAUCGUCGGCAGGGUGUGGGUGCUCUGCAUUGUUGCGAUCAGUAUUUGCUGGAUCCCUGUGGUACAGGUUGCCCAGAGUGGUCAGCUAUUCGAUUACAUCCAAUCAGUGACAAGUUACCUGGCUCCACCUAUAGCUGCAGUGUUCUUUCUGGCCAUUUUUGUAAAGAGAGUCAAUGAGCCGGGUGCCUUCUGGGGUCUAAUGGGAGGUCUGCUCAUGGGCCUGUGUCGCAUGGGCCCCGAGUUCUACUUUGGUUCAGACAGCUGCCUGUUUCCCUCCAAUUGCCCAGAACUGAUAUGCGGGGUUCACUACCUGUAUUUCGCAGUGCUGCUCUUCUUCUGUACGGGGGCACUAGUGCUCCUGGUGAGCUGCUGCACGCCACCCAUCGAUGACAAACAUCUUCACAGACUUGUGUUCAGCUUGCGCUACUCUAAGGAAGAGCGGGCUGAUCUGGACUGGGAAGAAGAUGAACGAGGAAGGAAAGCUCACAGAGAAAUGGAAGACAAACACAAGGACACUUGUGCUGAGAACAGAACUGGAAAUGGGACUAAAUCUGGACUUAUCCGUCUAAUUGACUGGUUUUGUGGCUUAAGUGGCUCACAGUCUUCUGAGUCCACUGAAGAAGUCGCAGAAAGACCUAAACAACUACCAGACAUAAGUGAAGACCUGGUGUGGAAGCACUUUGUCAAUGCUAAUGCCCUCAUAAUGAUGGCAGUGGCUGUCUAUUUUUGGGGAUUCUACGCUUGACGGGAACCUGCUUGGAAUUAGAUACCACCAUCAAAUACAUCAGUGUGAAACUUUUGGAAUAAAUACAAUCAACAGAACUAAUGACACACUCUAAUGGAUGAUACAAGGAGAUGCAUCUCUGUCCUUCAUAGAACCCCAUAUACGACAGUUUUAGGUUUGGGUAAGGUAGACCAAAGACAUCCUAAGAUUUUGAUGAUGUCAGUAUUAUAUAGUAUAUGUUAUAACAAGAUCUAGUAAAACAAACGUUACAUACUGUUUUCUUGUUGUUGCAAGGUAACCUAGUGUUAAAAAAACAAACAAAAAUAAAUUAAAUUUCACAGUGUGAAUAUGCUGAUAUUGAUUAUAGACUGAUUUGCAAAAAUUGAUUAUAUACUGAUUUGCUGAUAUUCAUUAUAUACUGAUUUCCCAGCUCUUCUACUUAUAAUUUUAUGUACAGUUGAGCAUAUGGUAUCAGUAUCCCCUGGCAUGUAUGAUUAAAAGGAAAUAAAAAUGCUAAAAUGGGCUUGUACACCUGUAG